AUGACGUCACAUCUGGAUAAAGCUCUGCUUCAGCUGUCAUUAGAAGAAGACGAUGAACCAUUUGUGCUUCCUGAUCAUCCGGAGUAUUACUCAACGGGUAGGAACGCGCUAAGCGUGGUUGGCAGAUUACUGAACCCUAAGUGCCAGAGCAUGGCAGAUCUAAUCCUAGACAUGCCUCGGAAGUGGCGUCUGUACGACAGGGUGAAAGGAGUGGCCUUAUCAAAAGAUAAGUUUCAGUUUAUCUUCAAACAGGAACAAGAUAUGAUCGAUGUGCUCAACAAAGGAGCUCACACACACAACAUGUGGCCUAUUGCUCUGGAGAGAUGGGUUGAGAAACCGCCGGAGGACUAUCUACAAUAUAUAUCUGUAUGGGUUCAGAUGAGAAACAUUCCCAUCAACCACUACACGAAGAAAGCGUUAGAAUCUCUGGGAGAUUUUGCUGGUAAAGUGGAGGUGGUGGCCUUUGAUCCCGACAAACCUCAGGUCAGAGAUUAUGUAAGAGUUCUGGUACGGUUUGAUGUCUCAAAACCUCUUAGGAGGGCGAAGAAAGUUACAACACCAGGAGGAGAAACGGUAAACAUCUUAUAUGAUUAUGAAAGGCUUCAGAAAAGAUGUUAUACAUGUCAGAGGAUCACCCAUGAGCAACCUCAGUGUCCUAUCUUCAAAAACUUGAAGGCUUCCACGGAGAUCCUGGAAGGCUCAUCUGCGGAAAGUAAAAGAAAUGAGGAUUUUGCCCAUCUGAAAAAAUCUGACCCGCUCUUCGGGCUCAUUCCAGAGCAUCAGCUAGGGUUGGAUCCUAUCUCUGGCAGACCGAAGAUUGCUGAGGAAGUUCUGGAGGAUAUGAGGUUAUACUUGAAGGUGGCUUCAGGCGUGGAGAAGGGUGCUAGGGAGGAAAGGAUUAGGAAAUCCAUUGAAGACCUUGAGAAAGAUCCCAUUGCUCAGAAAAUCUCUCUCAGACUUGAGACCCCUCCGACUGUAACCAAAGACUUGGAUAGAGGAAAAGGGAUUGUCUUUGACUUUAGCGCUUGUCCUGAUGCUAUCCAAAGACCACCGGAGAAAUUAUUGGCGGGUGCAAUUACGGCGGGAAACAGAGUUCUUCAAUCCGGAAAGGUGGUAACGGAGAAGCCUAUAUCAAUUGAGCAAUCUGAUUCAAACCAGGGCGUCUCUCCUGCAAGUCCAACGGGUUAUAGCGCUCGUUCCUUUAUUCCUAGUGCUUCUGGAACUCUGCUUAAGAAAGCAAAGGGAAGAAAAAGGCCUGGUACGUUCACCAGGAGAGCCAAUGGGAAGGGGGUACUGAGGCCCGAUACUGGAAGAGGUAAAAAAGUUGGGGAAGGUGUGGUUACAGAUGCAAAGAGGAAAGCACAGGAAGAUGUCGAGCCAUCUCAAAGCUCUGCAAGGUUUAAGAAACCAUUGGUGGUCCCAAGUGAGGGACCGUCCAACAUCUAA